GAUUGGAAGAAAGCUAUGGGCAUCAAACCAAUAACAACAGUGAUCAAUUAGCGUGGAGAGACAGCUCUCCACAUUGCAACUGCAGCAAACCACACCCAUUUUGUGAAAAAUCUUGUUGAUAUGAUUGCUGAAGAAAAUGUAAAGGAUUUAGCUAUUAAAACUAAACCCCCAAUUGCACCUCAAGCUUCGUCUCCAGGUGAUAAACCCCCAACUGCACCUCAAGCAUCAUCUCUAGGUGAUAAACCCCCAAUUGCACCUCAAGCUUCAUCUCUAGGUGAUGCCAUGGCUACAGCCGCAACUGCAUUCAAAAUAGCAGAGGACCCAACCAUAGGCCCCAAACCAACUGCAGCCGCAUUGACAUCUGCAACCGGAAACGCCCCACGACCACAGGACCCAGCCCCACAACCACAGGACCCAGCCCCACAACCAGAGGAGCACGGAAAUACAGCUUUUUGCUAUGCAGCUUUAUCUGGAAACGUGAAAAUUGCUCAAAUUAUGAAGAAGAAGAAGCAUGAUUUGUCAGUGAUCCGGGGUGGAAAAAAUUUAUUUCCAGUUCAUAUAGCAGCUUUGGCUGGCCAUGCACAAAUGGUGCGUGAACUGUACGAGGAAGAUCAUAUCAAAAAUCAACUAAAAGCUAAUGAUCGCAUUAGUUUACUCAUCGCUUUGGUAGAGUCUGAUAUAUAUAUAUAUGAUGUUGCACUGAAGAUGAUAGAACAUCACCCAGAGUUGGCCACUAUGAAUGAUCAUACUAGAGAGGAAGAGACAGCAUUGCAUGCGUUUGCUCGAAAGCCUUGUAUACCUUCAAUUCAAACUUCUACAGGGAUCUGGAGUAACUGCAAAAACUUCUGUUCGAACAAAAGUAAGCGCGAGUAA